AUGAGAAAACGACUUUGCGCCUUGGUGCCAAUCGUUUGGUCUCGGGCAAUGAUAAAGAAAAGUUAUCUUGAUCUACCAACGGAUACUGACGAUUAUCAUUUAAUAACUGAUUCUGAUAAAUUCAAAUUUGAUCAAUUAUGUCUGUAUCUCCAACAUCGCAGAAAAAUUUCAUAUCAUAGAGGAGGAGCUGAUGAUCAGGAAUUAAAUUCCAAAACCUGGUUGGCUCGAAGAUGCACCGAAUUACGAUCUGAAUGGAAAAGGAAAUUACAAAACACGGCUAAACCUAACUCAAGAAGUUAA